AUCGAUACCUAGCUGUCGUCAGCUUUGACAGCCGAUACCGACAUAAAAUGUUUUGAUAUUUUGAAACGAAACGUGACUACCCAUACUUGUUUCUAUUUGUGUUAACAGUGAAUUCCAGUCCCCUUGCAUUAAAAAAACUUGAACACAACAUCGAGGAAAUAAAGGGUUGGAUUUAUAGUUGACCGUACGUCAACAUCAUGGGAGUUAUAGUGCUACAGUUGUUUGCAGUACCCGAAGGAAAAUCAGGUCCUCAAGUCAUAGACAUUCUGACGAAGCGAGUCACCUCUCUGGGAGGUGUUCUCAGUGGUUCGUUUAUGGUGGACUGUGAGACCUACACUUCAGUGGCAUCAUUAGGAGCGACGAGAUCGGUGCAUUUGCUGCACAAUUCCGAGACUCCUGCGUCCGUUUUCGCUUUGCUGGAGGCGGCCAGUGGCAACAAGACGGUGGCCCUGGUGGCUGACAACUUGUUCGACCUGCUCAUGCUCAAGUUGUCGAAUUUUUAUCAGGCCAAGAAACAGACCAAGAUCGAAUCGAGAGGGCCCCGUUUCGAAGCCGGAGAUUUCCUCGUCAAGCUCGGCUCUGUCACUAUGGGGCCAGCCUUCAAGGGCAUCCUUGUAGAGGUGGAAUAUCAAGCGUGCAGCCUACCGGCCGCCUGUUGGGAUCUUAUCCGAGAGUUCAUGCAGGGCUUCUUGGGCGGUUGCGUCCCUUCCACUCCACCUCAAUAUAUCCAGAACCGAUUCGGCGACAUGCUGGGUCCUAUCGACGGCAUCAAUCAGUACCUGGAACAGUUCAACGCUUUCCGCAAAACCACCGGCAUCCGAUAGAUCAACGGGAUGAAAUGUCGGUACACACAGCACAUACCGCAGAAACUAUAACAGUUAAUAAACAAGGCUGUUUGAGCUGAGAACAAGAAAACGCACGCCAGACUUUGCCAAGAGAAUACACAGAAAAAAAAAACACAAGAGGACUCUUUAUUUUCGCUUUCUUUCUUUGGAAAAAUUUGACUCCAUUAUCUAUAGCGCCAUCCGUGUUGUUCGAGCUUGUUGAUUCAAAAAUGGCCCACCUUUACACACAGCGGGGUCUUACAAAACACGAGACUCUUUCCGCCUUUUUGUUUUGUUUUUUUUUUUCUUCCGGGGCGUUUUGUGUCAACAAGAAAAAUCAGUGGACUACUAUAUGCUGAUGGCACUGUAUAAGGAAGACAACUUUCUCUUCAAUAAUGUUGGUUUUGUGAGCCUCCUGUUUCUAAACAAACACAUCAUCACCUCAAUGGAUGGCCAUUAGGCCGUUUUUCGUCUUCGUUUAUUUUAUUUUAUUAUUUUUUUUUGGGGGACGGGUUCUGGGAAUUUCAAUUCAAAAGGCUCUUCAUCGUUUAUUUAACUUUCGGUCUAGGUCGUAUAGAACAAUAUUGAAAUGUCGAUAUUUCUCGCACACUUUUAAAGGGCCAAGUGUUUUGAUGCCUUCAGGGUCGCAAAGGACACAUGCAGAUUGACUAUUUUCGAUGUGUGGUGUGUGUGUGUGUGUGAAAUCAGUGUGUGUUUGUGUGUUUUGAUUUGUCUGCGCAUGUUUGUUUUUUUAUUCAAUUUUUUAUGUUUUGAAACACUUUGGUUUUAUACCUAAACGCAUUGCAUAGUGCAGCUCUGCUCGUAUUCGUCCAUCUGUGUUGAUUUUGUUGAUUUGAUUUCUCUUAUUUUUUGAGGGGGUAUUUUGUAUUUAUUUUUUCUGCGACUAUGCCCCGGCGUUGGGAAAACUUUUGCAUUAUGAAUGACACAUCUGAUAAUAGUCAUUUGGGGUGUUUGUGCGCCACUGCGGAUAUUUUGAUUUUUUAAAUCUCCGGUGGAAUCAACAACAUCAAUAGUAAGCUGCAUCAAUGUCCCUACUAUAGACUUGUAUGUAUUUAUAGAGAUGCGAAGGGCAUAGCUGAAGGAUUGCGGAGUUGGGAGGAAGUUGGUGUUUGUUUUUUUUCAAAAUAUAAUAACAAAAAUUAUGCGAUUAAAAAUAUCGUGGUUUCGAAAUGGCUUCAAACGGUGGGCGUAGAUACACACAAUUUCAAAGGGUAGAACAGUUAGCGUUAACGUGUGUUUUCAUUUUGCAUCAUUUAGAAGACGUGCAUUAAAAAUGAUGCGAUUCCAAUUUUGUGAUUCUGUUCUUAACGCACUUUCCUUCAAUUACGAAUAAAAAUUUGUAUAAUUGAAUAUUCUCUUGUGUCUCCGCGACAGCCUUGAUACCAUUAAAAGCCAACUUUUGGAUGUUGAAAUUCCCCAGCCCUCGCAGAACUAAAGAAAUCAAAACAAUUUGAAUAACAAAUAGAACAAAAGCUAAAUUAUCGAUAAGCAGAGCAAGUUUAUUGUUUGACUCGUGUUCAUAUUAAAUAACUGUCCCUAAAAACAUCACCGGACAUCAUGUCGAGAGCCAACUGUACAUAAACAACCGCAAAACAAAACAAAAAAAUCGUUGCUGUUUGUUUUACUGGAACCGGAUUGAUUUCUCCUUCGUAUCGGGGACAAGACCGGCUACAAUAUACGCCCCCCCCCCACUCCUCCUCUCCAGGGUAUAAUCAGCAGACUCAGGAUGAUGAGAAGACAGCUAAGCUCCGUUAUGUGUUGGCAUUGGCUCGGCAGAUUCGAUACGUAAUGAACGUCGCGCGUGUGUGUCAUAGUCUUUCUCGUAUUUCAUUUCCCGCCGGAGAAACGUACGGAACGACCGCGGGAAAAAAAAAUCCGGUUUUAUCCGGUUGGACGUUGUGGAAUAUGACGAGUGCAAAAAAAAAUGAAAUAAACAUGAAAUGUGUUAGACGCGAGGGAAAUCCAAGAUCUCGGCCUAUUGCCAAGGUUAAUUGUAGGACCAUCUGCGCUCUGCAGGUCAACACGUUCCAGUGUUUAAAAAAUGUAAAGAUGUGGAACAUAAUGAGCUGAUGAUGAGCCAUUUUUUUUCUUCCUUCUUGAAAAAGUAUAUACAGAUUUUAUUGCAAUUUAAUUGUUUUUCUUUCUUCUGCUGAACUAACGGCAUUCAAUGUUGACGUUUUCCUUGUCGAAUAAAAAUCCUUUUCAUCUCUCGC